AUGGCCACCCGCAAGGACAGCACUGAUGCCCAAAUGUUGUUUGUCGGCAGCGCUUGUUCUCUCGCCAACUGCACUCAACACGAUUUCCUCCCAAUCAAGUGCAACCUAUGUUCUGCUACAUUCUGCUCAGAUCACUUUAGGCCAGACGAACAUAAAUGCACCAAAUAUGACCCUGCAAAGGCCGAUCGAGUCGCUCCUAGCUGUCCUCUCUGUAGCACUCCGGUAUCUAUUCCUCUCGGUCAGGAUCCCAACCUCAAGAUAGAUGCCCAUAUUAUGAACGAGUGCACAGCCAUGGGGAACAGAGGCAAUAAUCGUCAGGCUAAACGGUGUGCUGGACCUCGGUGUGCAAAGGUUCUAAUUGCUCCCAUUCGUUGCGAUAACUGUCGCAAGGAGUUUUGUCCUGAGCAUCGUUUCCCGCAACAGCAUACGUGUGCCGCUGGGUCGACUAAGCCGUCACCAUCUCCUACACCUACACCACAGCCUGUAAUGUCGAAACUAUCGGAUAAACUAUCUGGGGUGUCGAUUGGGGGAAUGCGUCCAGGUCAGUCGAGUGCUUCGACUUCGGCCGCUAUGGCCGCGAUCAAUCGUGCAGCUGCUAGCGCCAAACCAGGACCCAAGGCAAACGUGGCGCCAAAGCCUAAACCUGUGCCUUCAUCAUCCGAGGGAGCUGGGUCCUCCAAACCAGCGGUACAUAAUCCGUUCAACAAGACCGACCGGUGCGACCCUACUUCCCAUGCUUCCGCCGACGCUGAUGUCCUUCCUGCAACUAAACGUCCGACGGCAAUCGACACCUCGUUCCGACCACCACCUAUUUUCGGAUUCGCCUAA